AUGGCGCCAAAGAUAGACAUCAUUGACAUCCGCCACAAUGCGGUGGAGAUGAGCCUCAAGGACGAAAUUGUCAAGUCAUUGAAGCCACAAGAGGGUCCGAAAAGACUCCCGACAUUAUUGCUGUACGAUGAACGAGGACUGCAAUUGUUUGAAGAGAUCACAUAUUUGGAAGAAUACUAUCUCACGAAUGCUGAGAUUGACGUUCUCCAAAGAUCUGCUUGCAACAUUGCAGAGGCAAUUCCUCCUGGCUCCAUGGUAGUCGAGCUGGGUAGCGGAAAUCUUCGAAAGGUAAGUAUUUUGCUGCAAGCUCUUGACCAGGCCGGCAAGGAUAUCGACUACUAUGCUCUGGAUCUCUCCCUAAAAGAGCUCUAUCGGACUCUGGAACAAGUUCCUGCGUUCAAGCACGUCACGUGUCAUGGUCUGCAUGGCACCUACGACGAUGGACUGGACUGGUUGAAAAUACCAGAGAAUAUUACUCGUCCAAAAUGUGUCAUGUCGUUGGGAUCCAGCAUUGGCAACUUCUCUCGAGCAGGAGGAGCUGAGUUCUUGAAGGGCUUUGCAGAAGUCAUGCAGGACUCUGACUUAAUGCUCGUUGGGCUGGAUGCUACCGAGGAUCCUGCCAAAGUCUAUCAUGCUUACAACGAUCGAGAAGGAAAAACGCAUAAAUUUAUUCUCAACGGCCUGACCAACGCAAACGGGAUCUACAACGAAGAAAUUUUCGAGCCCAAUGACUGGAAAGUCAUUGGCGAAUAUGUGUUUGAUGCAGAAGGUGGCCGCCAUCAGGCAUUCUGCUCUCCAGUCCACGACGUCUCCGUCAAAGGCGUGCAAAUAAAAGCUGGAGAGAGAGUCCAAAUCGAGGAAAGCUUGAAAUAUUCUCCUGAGGGAUCCGCCCAGCUUUGGAAGGCUUCGGGAUUAAUCGAGGUGGAUCGCAUGUCAGCCUCAUCUGAUUCUUAUAGCCUCCAUUUGCUGAAGCGGAACAUGGCGUUCAAAACCGAUCCCUCACUAUAUGCCGCGUCAACAGUCCCGACUAGGAAGGACUGGAAGGGACUAUGGACUGUUUGGGACUUGAUCACCCAAAACAUGAUUCCCAAAACCGAACUCAAUGAGAAACCAAUUAAGCUUCGCAAUGCCUGUAUCUUCUAUCUAGGCCAUAUCCCGACCUUCACUGAUAUCCAGCUUGAAAAGGUCACGAAGCAGCCUCGAUGUGAGCCAGGAUACUUCAAGGAGAUCUUCGAGAGGGGUAUUGACCCAGAUGUCGACAACCCGGAGCGGUGCCAUGACCACUCGGAGGUUCCGGAAGAGUGGCCUCCCCUCCAAGAUAUCCUUGGGUACCAGGAUCAAGUCCGAGCCAAGAUUGAGAAGAUCACGGCUUCAGAGAGCAUUCCUCGAGAUGUAGGGAGAGCUCUGUGGAUCGGGUUCGAGCAUGAGAUCAUGCAUUUGGAGACUCUUCUGUAUAUGCUGCUCCAGAGUGACAAGACUCUGCCACCGACCAAGUUCAAGCCUAACUUCGAGGAACUGGCAGCUGCGGACGAAGCUGCGAGGGUCGGUAAUGAGUGGUUCGAAAUUCCGGAACAGAGAAUUACGAUAGGGUUGGACGACCCAGAGGAUAAUUCUGGCGGGGAUCGACAUUUUGGAUGGGACUGCGAAAAACCUCCCCGAAGUGUUGUAGUACCGGCGUUCAAGGCUCAAGCAAGAGCUAUCACCAAUGAAGAUUACGCUCGGUACCUGGAGCAGACUCAUGCUUCCAAAAUACCAGCUUCCUGGACCGAAAGUGUCACAAAUGGACAUACCAACGGUGUCUCCAAUGUUUACUCAAACGGUAACUCGAAUGGCCAUGCCAUUACUUCGACACCCCUCACGAAGGAAUAUUUGGAUGGCAAGUUCGUCCGCACUGUUUAUGGCCUCGUCCCACUGAUGUUUGCACUGCACUGGCCCGUCUUCGCUUCCUAUGAUGAGCUUGCUGGUUGCGCCAAAUGGAUGGGUGGGAGAAUCCCGACUCUCGAGGAGGCUCGCAGCAUCUACAGCCACGUUGAUGGUCUGCGACUCAAAGAAGCAGAGCAGCACCUUGUCAAGACGGUCCCCGCUGUCAAUGGCCAUCUCGUCAACGAGGGCGUAGAGGAAAGCCCUCCAUCGCGUGGUGCUUGGCCAGGUGAGGGCUCGGAGCUCUUUACUGACCUAGCGAACGCCAAUGUUGGAUUCAAGCAUUGGCAUCCUAUUGGCGUGACUUCCAACGGUGAUAAACUUGCCGGCCAGGCUGAAAUGGGGGGUGUGUGGGAAUGGACCAGCUCGGAGCUUUUAAGGCAUGAUGGGUUCGAACCAAUGAAGCUUUAUCCAGCCUACACGGCCGACUUCUUCGACGGCAAGCAUAACAUCGUCCUCGGUGGCUCUUGGGCUACGCACCCACGCAUUGCUGGACGCAAGACCUUUAUCAAUUGGUAUCAGCGCAAUUAUCCAUAUGCCUGGGCCGGAGCUCGACUGGUCCGCGACGUGUAG